AUGACUUCCCUCACUGCAACUGCCACUGCUACGACCGCAGCAGCGUCCACGGUGCCGCGUGUGCCCAUCCCCGCCAAGGGGGUUGACUACCGCGGAAAAGUCGUCCUGGCCCCGAUGGUUCGAUCGGGCGAGCUGCCCUCGCGCCUGCUCGCCUUGAAGUAUGGAGCCGACCUGGUGUGGGGCCCCGAGACGAUCGACCGCGCGAUUAUCGGCGCCAUCCGACGAGUAAACCCGCGCAACGGCACCAUCGAAUUCACCCGACUGCCGUCCAAUGGUGGGCGGACCGAGAAAGCCGCGAAGGAGUCGGUCAUCUACCGGAUCGACCCGGCGCGGGAACAAGGCAAGUUGGUAUACCAGAUGGGCACGGCAAGCCCGGACCUGGCGGUGCAGGCGGCGCGCGUGGUGGCCGGCGACGUGGCGGGCAUCGAUGUCAACUCGGGCUGCCCCAAGCCGUUCAGCACUAGCGGCGGCAUGGGUGCCGCGCUGCUGCGCACGCCCGACAGACUCGUCUCCAUCCUUGAGGCACUUGUCCGCGAGGUUGGCCAGCCUUUCCAUAUUGGGAUUUCUGUCAAGAUCCGGAUCCUUGAGACCCCCGAACUCACCGAGAGCCUCGUCUCCCGCCUCGUCGCUACGGGCAUCACCGGCCUGACAGUCCACUGCCGCACCACGCCCAUGCGGCCCCGUGAGCGCGCCAUCCGCGACCAGCUGCGUAUGAUUGCAGGCAUAUGCAACCGUGCCGGCGUUGCCUGCGUCAUGAACGGCGAUGUCGCGUCGCGCGAUCAGGCGCUGGACCUGAUGUCCGAGUACGGCGUAGAUGGCGCGAUGAUUGCCACGGCUGCUGAGGCUAACUCGUCGUGCUUCCGCUCUGAGGCCGAUGGCGGGCUCCUGCCAUGGCGCGAGGUCGCCUAUGCCUACAUGCGGUUCUGCAUCGAGUCCGAGAACCGUUUGGGCAACACCAAGUACCUACUCAACAUGCUGAUUCCGGGCAAGAACAAGGAAUUCAAAGCCGCCAAGGCCUCCCGCACCUACACGGAUUGCUGCCGCCGUCUGCAGUUCGACGACCUCAUCCCUGCUGCUGUCCGCCUUGACGAAAUCCUUGACUUGACCGGCAAGUGGGAGCUUGGCCCCGGUGACAGCCAACAGGACUCUCGCCCCCAGGCUGUCCAGAAUGCCAUCAAGUCCAAUGAGUCGGCUCAGGCGGCGGGCGGCAGCGCCAUCAGAGCGAAAGCUACUUCACCGGCUACGCAUGGCCCUGGUCCCAUUCGCACCUCCUCUAUUCCUGGGCCUGCGAAAAUCGCCAGGCCAGAGACCGAGAACUCAACUAUUGAUGCAGAGGCACAUAUUCCGGCUGCACAGAAGCCAGAAAUCACCGCAUAA